GCAAAACAAGGCUGACACCAUGGUCUCUCGCGUCACCAUUUCAACGAACGACUUACAUGUGUUUGAUGCAUUAUAAAACAACUACUGUUGGAAUAAUGUACGAAAAUGAAUGCUGAGCCAGGUAUAGUCAUCCCGGGCUAUCUGGCAUCGACACAUCGGGUCUGAAGAUCUUGGCUAAUCAGGAGAAAGGAGGAAGUACGGUUAGCAAACAGCAGGAGAGGCCAGGGCUAGCUUACAUCAGGGGGUUUGUCUAACCUAAAGAACUGUAUGUCCAAUCGUUAAUACGACAAAAUGCCCGAAAUACAGACACGAAGGUAAGGAAACUCAAUAAGUAUUAUAUGGUUCAAUCCUGACACGUCACUGUGUAUGUUUGUGAUGAUAUAUGGAGGUUAACUUCGUUGUUAUCGGUUGAAUUUACAUUGACUGAGCCAUGAAAUAACAGGAAAGAAGAGACGUUUAUAUUUAUGCUCGUCUGUGCCUCCGACCUGUAGCUCCCUGACAUACUGAUAACACUGCUGGUUACAGCAUAUUUAGCCCUUUAUAUACAAGUCCUCCUUCGUUAACCUGUCACAUUCCUGCAUUAUUGAAGAGAGAUGGUUUUUCUCACUAACAGAUGUAGACUACUGUUCCUGAAUCGUGAGACACUUGCUGAUGUAGUGGCAGCCUUUUUCAGCGAUAUGUUACCUGACAGGUGGAGACAAAUGGAGAGGUUGUUGAGAUAUUGAAAUUAAAGUGUCAAAUGUGAAGGCCAGUGUCUUUAAUGGACCUGGUUGAUAGUUAAAGUGGCUUUGUGGUAUCAUGUUCUCAGAGCUAAUGACUAAUUCAGUAAAAACAGACUAAGCUUCAGUGACAAGGUCCUGACAAAAGUCAAAAUAUAUCGCUUUAAUAUAAUGGACCUCAGGCAGAAUUCGAUGACAAUCAGAUUGUUUUUGGUUUGUGUUUGGCCGCCACACAUGUUUGUUGCAAUAUUAACUCGUGUUUUGAUUCUCAUGCCUCCAACAUCUCAAGGAUCCAAGCCAUGGAAACCAGUGCCAGUGAAGGACUGGAGGGGUUCAAGGCUCAUGCUGUGUUCCAAGAAAUCAAUAAGAAGCUUCAAGAGGUGAUUACAUGUCAAACAUAGGCACACAAAACUGUCCAUCAGAUAUCAGCAGGGAGAGACUAGGUACAAAAUAUUAUACUCCAGUAAAAACACAAUAACUGAAGUACUACCUAUCUCUUUACCUACUGGAAUAAAAGUAAAAUGCGUCCUCAACUCAUGCUCUUUGAACGCAUGUAUUCCAAAACUAGUUGUUCCAAUAUAAUUGACACCAUCCUUUUGUAAGGUGAUUUUAUCUCUUGAUCUACCAGAGUGAAGUUAUGGAAUAUAUUUUUAGCAUCUUAAGACUGUAUUGCACUUUGCAGAUGGUCUCUGCGCACUGAAAUGAUGGCUGGCUGUGUAGAGAAGCUUUUUAUUGUAAGACAAAAAUAAAGACUUUGUUGAUUGUUGAGCAAAAUUGGCAGCAAAUGCAGCAUGAACAGUUUUCUUGUAAGUUACUUGAAAAAGGAUGUUAUACUUAUUUCUCUGAAUUUGUCAUAAAAAGGCAUAAAAUAUCUCAAAAUAAUGAUAUUUGCAGCUCUCACAUCAAUCUAGUGUAGAUUAUUUUUACUCAGAAUAAAAAUGAUAUGUGUGAAAUAUGUAACAAAGUACCAUAGUGAGUCCAAGUAUAAAAAAUGAUGCUCAGUUACACUAACAUGAUUAAAUGUAAAGUAUAUUCCACUCUCUGCAUAUUGGGGACUUAAUAUAGUUCUCACGUUUACUUGUUUGUUUGUUUUUUAUCUUCAUUUCUUAGUUCAGUCGCUCUUUCACAGGACCAUUAAAAAGUUCUGAUUCUUAUACAUGCAAGAGGACAAAUGAAAACAUCUCUGUUUAUAGAAAUCCCUCUAUAGCUGGAUUAACAUCAAUACCAAUGGCAGAGAAUAUGAACUUCAAUCUCCUGAAAAUAUCAGGAUCUAAAUAGGAGCAAAAAAACCCCAUCCAUUUUUAGCAAAAUGAAAAGUGGGACAACGGAUUCACUUACUAAAGAUAAGCCCUGAAUUGAAAUUUGUAAAUCUGUCUCACGAGUUGCCUGACAUUACACUGAAACCAUGUCUAAAAGUAUCCAGUCUGCUCUUGUGUUGGCAUUUUCUCAUUGUUGGCGAAUCCUUUUCAUUACUUUGACAGCCUGUCCAGGCAGCCUGGGAUAGAUCAGAUAUGAAUUUUUUGAGGAAACCAUUAGUUUGAUUGAGACAGUGCAUGCUUUAAAUUGUUAUUGUGCUAUGAAAUGAGAAUUUGGAAGUAAUCCAGAUGUGCUUGUAAGGUCGUUCACUGGGGGUGUGCUGAAUUCAGCACCAGAAAUUAUACAGAUACAGCCUAAAAUGAGAGGUUGGAUAUGGAGAGUGAGUCUAUGGAUGUAAUACUCAAACAUCUUCUUUGUUGCCCUGAAACCAAAACUGACACAGAGAGCUGUGCAUUGCUGUCACCAUGUUAGUAAAUGAUCACUGAUGGCUCCUGCUGCUUUCCUGUUUGAAAGAGGAGCCUGGGUCAUUUGAUUCACCUGCUGCUGAUAGCAAACAACAGCAUCUACAGUGGGUUUUCAGCAGAGAGCAAUUAGUUAGUGAUUGGUAUUUCUAACAAAAAAAUUACACGAUAACCACUUGGAAUUAUUGAACUUUUCAUUGAAAGUCACCCACUUUUCUGUUGGGUGCCCCCGACUCUGUGCAUGCUCGUUUUGGACCUAAUUAGAAAACUUUUGACUUGACCUUAACUUAGUUUUUUCUUUAGGGAAAAUUCCUCACAGAACAUUUUGACUGUCAAAGUUGAGUUUUCUGUGGUUUUAUAUCUCAGUGAACCACAUCUGCUCUGUCUGUACCUGGCAUUAGUUCUUACUUCGUCUUUUUCCAUUAACUUGUAGUAAGCAUGCAGCUUUCAGAUGGGCUACUGCCACUGUGUGAUGUUUGCACCAGGCCUGAUGAAAAUAAUAACAAUUAAAAAAAUAAUAUGAGAUGAGAUGAAAGUGGCAGUAACUAUUCCGUUUUUUAAAGAUUACCUACCAUUUGAAUGUUUUGAAAUCAAGUCUUAUCCUUCAUGUAUACCCGAUGCAAGGCUUCAUUUUGUAGUAAACAGUCAGUAACAUAUGAUGCAAGUGCAAAUAUACAGUAAAAACUGAUGCAAAUGUACAUAUUCUGGAAAUGGUAUCUUGAGAGAAAGAGUUUCUCAGUUUCUCUUAUAAACAAAGUGACUUUGGCUACAUUGAAACCAAAUUUACCAAAAUUUAAAAAGAAACUGAAUCAAAUGUCUUUCAGUUUUUGAUUCUUGACUGUUUCUAUCAAGACUGAAGCCAAAAACUUACAGGAUCUGAAUUGAGCGCGUAUCAUCAGUGUCGCGUAUCAUGCAGCAAAGAGGUUCCUAUUCUAAUCAAUGCAGCAUCGCACACAGGACGCGUAUCAGCUUCUUUUGCAGCUCCAUAUCAGAAGCGUAUUGAGCGCGGCUCUGAUCAAGAUACGCGUUGAGUCUAUUUUUGCUGCUUGACGCUUCCAACACAUGUCAAUAUACACAGAGAAGAUCGUUCUAGACAGGAUGUUAAGAACAGAAAAUGUGUUUGACAUCCAGUAAAUUUCAAAAUAAAACACCAUAUACGAAGUCCCGACUGUGUAUCAGUUCAUGUAGAUGAGAAAUACUUCCUGGUUCGGAUUUAUCAGUGACACAGAACAAUCUGAUGGUCAAUCCCUGAUACAUGUGAACCCCAACAGGACUUUUAGGUGCUAACUCUGUCUGAAGGUAACAGCACAGCAUAAAGGAACAUAGUUUACUUCAUUAAACAGGAGUAGACCUGCAAAAACCAUAACUUUGAAAUCAGGUUCCUUUUUCCACAUAUAGUAGAGGCUCAACAGUCACUCAAUUAUAUCCAAAUUAGCAGGAACUAGACCUCAGAAAGGCAAAACAACCUGUUGUUUUCUCUGUACUGAGCCCAGCUGACUGCUGCUAAGCUGCUGCUACGCUGCUGCUACUCUUCAAAUACACAUCCUGUGGGUGAUAGACAGUGCUGCUCAAUGGAGAAGAGACACAAUGCUGAUGGAACGCGCUCAACACGGAUCCUGUGUGUUUUCGGCUGUAGAAUUAGCACUAGAAAUAAAUAUACAUGUACUGUGUUUUAAAACCCCAUUCGAAACUGGAAGAAACGUCAAAUAUCCAAGAUGUUUCCCUUUUCAAAAUGUCCUAUAUUGAGUGUAUGGUUUUUCAUGUAUGGAAGACUGUUUUUCUGAGUAGCAUAACUUUUCUACAAAGAACAACUUGCAGCAUUCAUAGUUUGGAGAUGAUAUUGAAAACUGAUAAGACAACUGCAGGACAAACAGUAAGAAGUAACAUCUGUCUGCACCUCAAACAGGACGGAGAACAGUUUGUGAAAAAGAUCGGCGGAGUGUUUGCCUUCAAAGUCAAAGAUGGACCAGACGGGCAGGAGGCGACUUGGUAUGUGGAUGUGAAGAAUGGCAACGGCUGUGUUCACAAUGACACAGGUAAGACAACCCUCUGUUCAGUCACAUGACAGUCAAACCUAUGUAACCAUGUUAUCUUGUUAAUAUUUGACAGUGGAUGAGUUGAAAGUUCAAGGCCUGUUUGGCUGUGUGGCUGCUUUAUCUUUGUAAAAAUUAGACUUGAACCUUUUUUUAUGUAACCUGUUACCUCUGAAUGUAAAUCACCAGUCAGUAGAGAAAUAUCCCUGAAAUGCAUGUUCCCAUUCCUGAAUUAUACAAAGCUCUCAUUUUUCUGGUCUGCAGCUAAGAAAGCAGAUUGCACCAUUUCCAUGUCAGACACAGACUUGUUGUCCUUGAUGACUGGGAAGAUGAACCCACAGACUGUGAGUAUUUCAUCUGGGUGAGCUUUGAGUGAUAUUUAUGGUGAUUCUCAUUAGAAAACAUGUACACACAUCUGUCAUUAACCUUGUCCUUUUGAACUCAGAUGUAUUGGAGGAACUAUAUUACUCCUCCCUCAUCCUCGGUGUCCACACAACCCUCUUAUGCCUCCUCUCUUAUCUUAUCUCACUGGAUCUUUUUGCCAUGUAGUUUGUAGCUCUGAGACAUACAAUUCACAAAUGAAUGUACAGUCAACACAAGCUGUGACAUGAACUUUACCUGACUGGAAAGUUCUGGGUUUUUAUGAUUUAUGACCUUGUCUCUGGAGACAGGUUCAUGAUUUUUUAAUAUGUAACUUGGAUCAACACUCACACAUCAAUGUGCAUUUCUCAGAGAGAGAUCUCUUUCAAGCUUAAUUCUUCAACUGAUAUCAUGUCUCAGCAAUCAGACUCAUCAUUAUCAAGAGUUUGUCUUUUAAAUUACAGGCUUGUCAGUAGGAAGUUUCUCGUCUGUGUUUGAGCUGCUGUUACAGUCUUUGAAGGCCGGGUAACUGGGCACAAAGCUCAGGAGACAGCUGAAACAUGGGCGUUGUUGAAGUCAGAUACUGCUACCCUCUGAAUAUGGCUCAGCCACCUCAGUUUAAAGAUGUCCAUGUUGGAUCUCAGUUCAGUGAAAUCACUCUCAUGAGGUGCUGAAGUCUGCAGGCGGCUCCUCAAGUUUCUCUGUUCAGCUGAAACGUGCUGAAGACAGCUCUCUUUGCUAAAUACACAUGUACAGUCUCUCCCUCAGCUGUCAGGCACCAAUCACUAGUGAAACUCCAUAGUGGGCCAGAAUUUUGUAACUGAACAGACAGGAUAAGCACUAUAUUUCACUGCAUGCAUGGAAAAAAAAAAACUGAUCCCCUGCGGAAAAGACUCUUUGUGUCCUGUCUCUCACAGUGAAAACAGGACAGAAAAGAAUCUCUUCACAGCCGUGAUAUAUAAUGGGAAGAAUAAGAAACAUUAAAGUUGGGCUGGUGGUGCAUUGGAAAAUAAAUUUAGUUAAUAAGGAGACAUAAGUAGAACAGACUAAGAUGGGCCAGCGGACUUCGUCUUCCUCUUGUUCAGUAUUUGUGGCCUUUCUUUUUUUGAUGGUAGUUCUCAAUAACAAUCUACUGCUCUCAAAAAAGUAAGGAGUAUGUCAGGAGUUUCCUUUUGAACAACAGACUGUAGGUACUGGUUGAGUUGUGUGGUGACCUACUGACUUGUUCCUGCAGUUGAAGUCAUCCUGCUCUAGCCCGUGAAUCCCGUCCAAAGAUCUCUCUGAAAGUGGAACAAAUCUGUUUGCCAGUUGGACAUGCUACGAACAUGAUUUUUUUGUUAGCCCCUGGGUAAAACUUCAAGCAAAUGUUGAACUAUUUUAUUAAAGGCUGAUAGUUCCAAUUUACAUCCAUCAGCCAAGAGACCGUAAAGUCGAAGCUGUGCAGGCAAACAACAUGAUACAGAUUUCCAUUAAGCAUCCUGAACAGGACUGAGACAUGUUCAAACAGGCCAUGUUUCAUGUCCGAUUUGGGGAUAUGAAAGAGUGUUUUGCAGGCAGAAAAAAAAGAAGUUAAACGUCUUGGCCUGUUCUGGCACCAGAAAGUCUUUUAUUAUCAGCAUAUCACAGAAAAACAAAACCAACAAUGAUGAUCCCACCUCAAACAUUGUGUCUGCUUCAAAACCCUCCUGUAUCUCAUUUCUCUGUGCCACAGAACGUAAUUGUCAGAAAACGAUCAGAGACACAUCAGUGAGCCACACACGUCCGUCAUUACCAUAGACACGCAGUAUCCUUUGGACAAAUGAAAUCCCACAUACAUAACCUCAAAUAUGUAGACCUAAUGUCUGAAAUACAAGACACAUGUCCUCCUCCUACCACCGUGUAACAGUGAGGUCAAAAUAACCCCUGCAACAGGUGCCAACAUUUUGCACUUUUGGAGCCAGAGUCUGUACAGAGAGGAUCAGCUCUCUGAGUCUCUGUCUGAAGCCCCACCCCUUCCACUCAACAAAAUAUCUAUGAUAGACGCAGAGAUCCUAGUGGUUACGGUGUGCCCUAUGUGUGCAGGCAGUCCAGGUUUGUUUAUCCCCCGGAGUCCUUCCUGCAUGUCAUUCCCUGCUCUUCCCCCCUGUUUCCUGCUCUGUCCAUCCUCCUCCACAUGUCAAUAAAGCCCAAAAUAUAUCUAAAAAAUCCAUGACAGAUGCAGACCACAGUCUUGUGUUGUUUCAAAGUAGACUGGUACAGUUAUGGAGUGUCCAGUGUUUGUUUUCUUCUGCUGGUCCUCCUGUACUCUGCUUGUUCACCAUUAUACCUGUUUUCACAGCAUCAAAUAAGUUAAAUUUCAUCAACAUGAUAAAAAUUAAUUGUAGUGGACAAAGUCAUGUAGAAGAAACCUUUGUUUGACAUGUAUUUGAAUUUUUCAAGUUUGACCCAUGUCUCAUUUGUUGACAUGGAGGAGGCAGGCUUUAUGACCCAAGAGAACUGGACAAUUAAUUACAUCAAAUUUUGAUCAUGGUUUGAUUUUACUGCAUAGAAAAAGGUUAAACUUGUGCAAGACAUAGAGGAGACCGGGCUUGUUGUCACACUUUUUACACUCAUAUAUUUCUUGGAAUCAAUACAUCAUAAAUAAACGAAAUGUGUACCAAAUGAAAGACCAAAGUCUCAGGUAUAUAUUUUGUUUUCAUGUCAUUUUCAUAUCUUAUAUCAGAGUUAUAAGCAAUCAAAUAGAGAGUGUGAACAUGUGUGAUGUCGCUCCAUCAUUGGGUAAGUUGUCUUACUACAUGGGGUAAGAUGUCACAGUGGAUUUUGCAGCUAAUAAAACAAGGACAAAAUUAUUGUUGUUCUCAUUUUUUUACUUAAAAGUGAACGUCAAAGUCGGACACAGAAAUGAUUGAGGUAUGACAGGAUGCCUUAAUCUCUCCUCCAGCAAGUCCACAUGUAUCACAGCAAGGAUUUUUAUCUGGAAGAAGCUUAUUUUAAAAUAUGUACUUAUUUUCUUUUUACUUUGGUUUUGUGUAAAAUGGUUAAUUGGCGCUCAUCUCAGCUCACAAUGUGCUCUUCUCGGACAGGACACGACCCCUGACUAUGUAAAGGAAUAAAACUAGUAUUUCACUUUUUAGUUGCGCCCUCUGGUGGCAAAGAUUAUUGCAAUGUGACAACUUACCCAUGUGACAACAAGCCUUGAGCUGUGUCCGAAUUGCCAAGUAGUAGUCGAAGUAGUAUCUAGCAUGUCCGAAUUGGCCACCGGAGCGAGUAGCAUGCUACUUCAGAUACUAGACACGCCCACAUUGUAGGUUGGUCUCGGUGCAUCCUACGGGCAUGCUACUGACCCAAAAUGCACCGCGGGCUUCUUCUUCGUCCUCUUAAAAGUUGUAGAAGCGCAUUGAAGCUCCAAUGUGUCGCAAACGCCGGCUGGCCACAGCAGCGCGCACCAUGGCGGAGUAGCAGCAGCAGCAGGGGGCAGGACCGCAGCAGUACAGAUGAAAUUUUAAUGUAACUUCACACACUGUCCUAAAAAUGUGCGGUUGUAUCUCUUUGUCAUGUCAUGGUGUCAUAUUUGCCCAAGUAAUCAUUUUAUGAGCAAAUAUGUGGCGACAUCAUGGAGGUAAAGCUCACUUAUUCCAUCAUUAAACUGCACAGCUGCACUAAUCAGGCAGAUCUCAUUGAACAAACGAUCACCACGUGAGUGAAUGAAGGCUGAAAGUAAUGGAAAAGCUACUUUGUGAAUUUCUAAAGCAGUGCAGGAAUAUAAUACAGCAGCAUCCAUCACUUGCACAAUUACCAUUCAGAGUCUAAAACGGGCGCAGUACCUACUCUCUGCCUGCGGGGGUCGUCUUUCCCCACCGCUCGUCUAGUGUGUCCAAAUUGGGCCAACGUGUUUGGUAUGUAGGAGUAGGAUCUAGCAGUAGCACGUAGCAGUAGCAUGUAGUAUGCGAGCGGGCAAUUCGGACACAGCAAUGGUUUCCCCUAACACUUGACCUGAGUAUUGGCUGUAGUGCCCUCACACUCACUGGGUAUAAGAUAAUAAUAGAGCAUAUCCCACUAGAUCUUGUCAAUGGUCCAUGCUAAUGCUCAGUUACUGAGAGGCCUUCUAUAAGGUAGAUGGGAUGACUGGAAUACUGCUGUAUAGCUCUGCUAAAUGACCCAAAUGAAUGUUCAUUACUGUUCUAUAAAUGUCCCUGUCUUUUCUCUCUCUUCUCUGCCUGAGAUGAACGUCAUAUUUCAUAUUACAGCAUGUUUCUCCCUGUCUAAAAGGACAUAGAUAAUACAUACACUGUUUAUAACGAGAUAAGAGACAGUAUUAUCAGGAUGGGUUUGAAAUCACAGGACUUCACCUUUGAUAUCCUUUGUUUUGCAUCCAUUAUUCUUCUGCAACAAAGGAAUCCAAACCCUGUCAGCUUACAAUCAUCUGCUCCUUCUUGAAUUGGAGCGAGGUGCUGAUUUUUUCUUCCAUUUCUGAAUACAAGGAGUAAAUAAUUAGACCCAGUAAGGUAAAGCGCUCUUGCAGACUUUUCUGUCAGUCAAUGACUAUUGGCAGUGAUUUAAUGUUUCUGGAAUUCUCAUUUCACUCAUUGGUGAACCUUUGCAUGCAACAAGAAUCGAGUUCAGCCUUUUCAAACGUUAGAUACAAAUUUGGACAAGGUGACACAUUAAAGGAAGAAAAACCUGCAUGAAAAAGCCUAAUAUUCUCUCUUGAGAACAGAUAAUGAGGAAAUGCCUGCUUUCUCACAGUGGUCGAAUAAUUACCUCCUGAUCUGGUUUAUUCUUUCAUCUCUCUCCCUUUCUUGCACUCUGGUCCACAAACAUGCUCUCCUCUACACCCCUCCGCCAACUCUGUGCCUGUGUGGCAUGCAGUUUCCUGACAUUUCAUAAGCUGUUGUUGACAUUGCCCCACUUUCACUGGGUUGAGUUAAUCUCUCACGGUAACUCCUUUAACCAGCCGUUUGUAGCUCUCUCCAACACAGGCUGAACCGUACUUCAGAUUCAAAACUGUUUGGAUGAUGAUGAUGAUGAUGAUGAUGAUGAUGAUGAUGUUGUUUAUUUCUCUCUCUCUCUCUCUCUCUCGCUCUCUCGCUCUCUUGCUCUCUCUCUGGUUCACAGGCAUUUUUCCAGGGCAAGCUGAAGAUCACAGGGAACAUGGGAUUGGCCAUGAAGCUCCAAAGCCUGCAGCUGCAACCAGGGAAAGCCAAGCUGUAAAGGAGACGGCAGAGUUUGCUGUAACACUGACAAGAGUUAACCAUAAAGAAAUUUACAUGAAGUCUGUGUUCAGAUCAAUGUUAAAGGUCUGUAAACAUUCUUAACUCAGACUGAACCACUUUACCCUGUAGUGACCUCGCUGAUGGACCAGGGCUUAGUCAGCAUCCCUGUUACUUUAACUGCGGAGAUUAUAGUUGGAAAGGAAAUGGUUUCUCUAAUUAAGUCCAACUCAGUACACAGGUGUACUGAGUGCACUUCCUACUAAUCCACAUCAUGUUCAGUUUCCAAGAAUUUUGUCACAAAUGGAAUCUAUAUCUUUUGUCUGGAGUUGAUUGGUUGAUUGAUGUCAAUUUUCCACAAACAUGGACUUUGCAGUCGUAAGUGCCUCCUUGUCUCUGACUCUGUUCAUUAAAAGGUUAAAAGUCUACAUAGAGGAGAAUAGUAUUCCACUGUGGCUGCUCUGCGUUUUAAUAGAGGAGGGGUUGCAGUUCUGAGCAGAGUGAUCAUCAUUGUUUAAACCUUCUGAAAGAUUUCUACUAAAUAAAUGUCUUUCCUGCAGUCUUAAAGGGUGGUCUCGGCUUGAGUGUGUUUGUCUCUCAAAGUAAUUGUAUCAAGCAGACAGCUUGAUACAAUUGGCUGACAGCGUUGCAUUAAUGUACCAAAUCAUCCAGUUGACCUGAACGAAAAAGCAGGGCAGUGAAAAGACGCAGAUCUAAAAACAUGACAUGAUGUUUCUGUUUAAUGUUAAGAUGGAGCCUCACUGCUUUAGCGAUCAAAUAGUAAUGGUAAGUUUAUAGUUGUUAAGAUGGAAAUACUAGCCAGAUGUCCUAACAUAAGCUUUAGUGUUUAUUCAAUGUGAAAGGGUAGACAUUAAACUCCCACUCCUCCUAGUUCCACAGGAAAUUAAACACACAAAUGAAUCCCCUUGCACAACUUAGGGGUCCUAUUAGAGGUGACAAUACUGUGACCUUUCACAAUAAUGGCCCUCUGUUCAGACGUGACACUACUUGGAUGUCGCUGUCAGAGCUGGCUGGGUCUGGGUUAUGUUCCCACUUUUGGAAGACCUUGGACUUUUCCAACUCUGCAGCGACCUGGUUCCAGACUGCCACGCUGUAGUUUUUCCUUUGUAAGUGGAGGAGCAUGGCUGAAACACAAAUCUGUUAACUAGCUCUGACCCAGAUUCCACUGCAGCUUUGGCUCAGCUCUUGUAGUUCUCUGAGUCUUACACUGCAGACACACUGGGGUUAUUUAAUUUGUCACAAAUGACUGCGCUCAUGUUGGUAUGAGAUUUCACAAAUGUUAAACUUUAUUUUACCUCUGAAAUGGAUAAGAAAUGUUGGCGUGUUCAGAUCAUUAAAAAGACCAGGCAAGUAUAACCAUAACACUUACACUUUCAUCUUUGAGUGUAAUGCAUUCAAAAGAAAACUGUUUUUCUGUGACAACCAUUUCAAUAUACACUCCUCCUGAAAUUUGAGCUUAAAGGGGUAUUCCACUAGUUUCAAAACAAAAUAGGUUCCAACUAAGUCAACAUAAAAAUGACCCAAUGUUCAUGUGUUUUCUGGGAUGGUUCAAUUUCCCAUGUUGGAAAGUUGUUUUCUCCAUCUUGAAACCAGCAUAAAUGCUAAGAGUAACAUUUGUUGUGUCUUAUUUAUUAAUUAAUUCAUUAGGAUCUAGUAUGAAAGUCACAGCUUGUGGACAGCAUUCAAACUGACCAUAUUAUAACUACCAAUUCCUAAAUUGGGAUGCUGUGUCAAAUGUUCAUAAAAACACAAAGUGAUGGUUUGCAAAUCAUUUAAACCCUUUAUUUAAUUGAAAACAGUACAAAGACAACAUAUCCACUGUUAAAACUUAAAAUGUUAUUGUUUAAUAAAAAUUAAAAAAAGCUAAUUUUGAAUCAGCUGCAAGUUACAGGUUUCAAAAAAGUUAGAAUAGGGACAAAACAAAGUACUGACACUUAUAUAAAGUUUAAACGAAACUCUUGGAGGAACAUCUCAAACUCAUUCAGCUAAUUUGCAACAUUUAGAACAUGACUGGGUACAAGAAGGGUUUUCCAUAUGGGCUAAGUCUCUAAGAGGUAAUUAUUGAAGAUGGACUAAGUCUAGGUGGAAAGCGUACCAUGAUCUGAAGAUUUGACAUGCUUUUUGGAAAUCACAGAUGUUUUAACCUCUGCUCCAAAGAGGAGAGGUGUCACUCGGCUUGUCUGCACACAGCUCAAAGCAUCUGCAUUGGGAUGCAUCAGUGCCCAUGGCUUGGAUAGAUUACACAUCUGGGGGGUACUACUUAUUCUUAACAUGACAGGUUUUGGGCUUACAUAUGCUGCUGUACUGACUGCUGUACUGACCUUUCAUAUCCUAACAAGACAAUGCCAACACAUUCACAUUUUGCAUAUUUUACAAAAAAUAUGGCUCUGGAGUAAAAGAAUGCAAGAGCUAGACCACCCUGUUUGUAGUCUGGACUUUGCCUCAAACAAAAACACCGGGCAAGCAAUAUUAUGACAAAGGAAACCCUAAAUUGCCCAGCUGCUGACCCUAGAACAGGCAAGAAUGAGACAGUGUUUUACCCUCAAACCUCUGAGACCUGGUCUCGCUAGUUAUUUCAUAUUUACAGAGUGUAGUUAAGAGAAAAAGUAGUGCAACCAACUCAUAAACCUACUGUUUUGAAACAUGUUACUGACCUCACAUUCAACCCCAACCC